UCCCUCCCUCCACACGUCAAAACACCUCUCUCACUCCACCUCCUUACCACACCUCACCCCGCCUCACCAAGAAACACAUCCUCUUGGGACUACAAAAGCACUUCCGUCCGCCUAGCAACAUCUGGGACCCCCUCUAGCAACACCUGGGACCCUUCUAGCAACACCUGAGACCCCUCUAGCAACACCUGGUAUCCCUCUAACAGCACCUGGGAUCCCCCUAUCAACAUCUGGGACCCCUUUAUCAGCACCUGGGACCCCCUAUCAACACCGGGGACCCCCUAUCAACACCGGGGACCCCUAUCAACACCCUGGGAUCCCCUAUCAACACCUAGGACCCCUCUAGCAACACCUGGGACCCCCGAUCAACACCUGGGACCCCCUAUCAACACCUGGGAUCCCCGAUCAACACCUGGGACCCCCUAUCAGCACCGGGGGACCCCUAUCAACACCGGGGACCCCCUACACAGGAUGCGGCAGCGUCUCCUCACCUGUUAUGAAUGUCACUCCUAUUACCACAUGUCACUUUAACCAGAAGAUCGUUCCUACCACAACUACAAGACCACAUCAACCACCAUUAUGUAUUAGUCUUAAGGUGGUCUUCCUUCCUCACUCAUCAUCACUAUAAGACUACAUCAACCACCAUCGUAUACCAGUCGUAAGGGGGUCCAACUACCACAACUACAAGACCAAAGGAACUACCACAAUCACCACUACUACAAGACCUCAGGAACUACUACCACCACCACCACUACUACUUCAAGACCGCAACCACUACCACGAUCGUCUACCAGCCACUGAAGGGGCUCGACCACCACUACCACCACCACCAUGGCAGCUCACCAGAUGGUUGCUACCCUCAUCUUCAGGCUUAUGUUGCCUCUCCUGCUGGGGAUCUGUGCAGUGCUAAGGUUCAGUUUGAUGUCCUUGGCUUACCUGCUGCUGCUGAUGGCUGUAUUCUCCUGCCAGCCCCGACCUUCCAUACUAUGCGUGGACACACUGGCCGGUACCUGAAGGCUGUGGCUGGUAUAAGUAUAGUGAACUUCCUGCUGCAGUUUACUUUCCAGAUAGUACUACUGUCUCUCCCUCCCUACGCCUACUUCCUGAAGGAGUGUGGAUUUCUGGAGCAACUUCUACGGCACUUGAUUUCACUGGACGGCAUCAGUGAGGUAGACGGGACGCGAUGGAUGCUGCCCGAGUGUAUUCUAGUGGUGUUUGCUCCCGGGGUUUACGUCGCCUGUCUCAAACUCACCUCCCAUACCAGCCCAGAUCUCCACCUACCCGCCCACAAUGCCUCAGAUAACCAUAAAAACGUCGGGCUUAGGAUUCUCAAUGCCGUGGGUACAUACAUGGCCUUAGCAAUGAUAGGAUGCGCCUCCGUGAUGGUUCCUUCUGUUACCUCAGCUGUGUACUUCGUGGUGUUCAUAGCCAGCGCCACCUACUGGAGUCUUAAUAACGCUCUCGGCCGCCCUUUGGGUUUGUGUGUCGGGGUGAUGUUAGCAGGCGUCCACGUGGUGUGUCUCUACAUAUACCAGGUGCAGUGGGCCCAGCAUUACUUCCCUCCUGACUCACUGUGUGCAAGGGUGUUUGGGUUCACGGCGGUGGUGGACACCAAGUGUAAGGAUCCCCGGUCAGCGUCGCUCACCACGGGCGAGUGGUCAAGGUUCGUCAACCCCAUCCUGCUCCUGGCUCUCUACUAUGUCCUGGCCUUUGAGUCACAGUUCCUGCUCUCCAACAAGGCGGCGCUCUUGUCCCCGAUGGGGUCCAGCGUACGGUACCUUAUCCGACGUAGCACCGUCAGGAGCCGUUCAAUGAAGUCCGGCAGAUCCUCGGCGUCUGAGAUCCGGUCUCGACGCACCUCUGUCAGCCACCACUCCCGUCGUCGCCUCCCCCACGACACACAAGUAACCAGACGCCUCUGGCUCUCUCAGCCCCGCAAUGCCUCUGUCCGGGAAUCGGCCCGCAGCAACACCUCCAUGAUGAGUAACAACACCUCCGCCCGCAGCAACAGGUCUUCUGGUGGUCUUAACGGCUCUUUACCCUCCAAACUCAGUCCCCGCCCCUUCCAGUGGGAGCGGGGGAGUCGUGGGGGACAUCGGUGGCGGGAGGACGAAGGGAGCGAGGAAGAGAACCCCCUCCAGCGCCUCAUAGCUCCUCUCAUCAGUGUGUUCCAGCUGGUGAUCCGGUCCUCUUACAUAGCCACCAAUAUUGUUAUGAUGGCUUGGAGUAUAACUUACCAUAGCUGGCUGACGUUUGUGCUGCUGUUGUCGGUGUUGUGGAUGAUACCCAACCAACGCGCUGCAAUGCUACGCUGUUCUCCCUUCCUUGUUGUAUAUGCUGAGCUGCUGCUGGUUCUCCAAUACAUAUACUGUAUGGACCUGACGGACGCUGAGUUACCCAGUCAAGUGGAGGCGGUGAAUCUCGGUCAGAUUGGUCUGGUCAAGUACCGCUACUUGCCGUGUAAACCCUUACUGGUCAAGGUGCUGUACACGACCAUGUUUUGGAUCACACUGCGUCAGUACGUGCAGGAGGUGAUUGAAGUACCAAGCGUGAAAGUCACAGCUGCCGUGACCAGCCCUUUACUGUUGCUGUUAGUACCACCACCACUGGCCAGCCUGUCACCACACUCGUCUCUUCCCACGGACCUAAAAAUAAACGAGUCGACGGCGUCUCCAGUAAUGCAGCGUUUGGGACAGUGGGUGCGCGGCCUCUUAGUCAAAUUUUGGAUUUGGGUCGUCGCCAUCAUGCUCUUCGUCUUCGGCAUCCAGGGCUCAGAAGUCGUUAUUUUUAGGAUCAUGUACAUGGUUCUGUUCCUCAUCUUCACCAUCACCUUCCAAUUGUCAUAUUCUGCAUGGCGAAACUUCCUCUAUGGAUUCUGGCUCACCGUCAUCAUCUACCAAAUGCUGGUGUUGGUGCUCACGUACACUUACCAGUUCGACAACUUUCCCCAGUACUGGCAGAACUACACCGGUAUUCCGAUUCAACUUCAGAAUGACAUGGGUCUUGAGGUUUAUGACACUGGCCGUCUCUUCGUCAAGCUCAUGACUCCCACCUUCUUUGUCAUCGUCACCAUCAUCCAGGUCCAUUAUUUCCACAAGGACUUCCUGGAGCUCUCGGACAUAGAGCAAAUACCUGAUCAACCUGUAGUUAAAGAGGUGCCUAAGAAGGAGACUAAGGUGGCCAUACCCAACCGCCCAAAUCUUCUAGAGUCGUGUAUGCUCGAGGACGUCAAAGCUGUGUUGGAGCACUAUGGACAGAAGGUGUUGGUUAGGAUACAAGACACCAUGGCUGCUGCUAUGGAGUUAGGCUGGCGUUUCCUGGAGUUACACUUGAUGAAGAUUGUCCUCGGCUCCGUCAUAAUGCUCGCCUGCUACGAUGUUUGUGCUCUCCACUGGGCCUUUGCUGUGCUGGCAACAGUAGCUGUGCCCUGCCCGGAGAAGAUCCAGACAGCCAUCUGCCGCACCUGCGUUGUGUUGUCUUCCCUUCUCCUCAUCGUCAGGAUGAUAUACCAGAUAGAUUACAUAGACCCUGAAGGCUGGGCAGCUAACUGUUCUCUGUAUGAUAACCUGACGUGGACACCGUACCCACUGAAUGAGACGGCCAACAACGCUGCCUGGCUCGGCCUCACCAAAGCUCCCAAUCUACCCAAGUACUUGAAAGGUUACAUAGGUAUAAUUGUGGUGAUCACAGUACAAGCGGUGGUGGUCAUCAGACAGCAGUACCAGCGUAAGCUAACAGGACUACCACCACCCCCUCUUGGCGUCCUCUUCACCAACAUCACACGAGCGGUGGCUGAUGACGGCAUACCAGAGUGCACAAAGUUCCUCCUUAAUUAUGGUUUCUACAAGUUUGGUGUUGAGAUAUGUCUGAUGAGCUUAGUGGCUGUGAUUGGUACUCGCCUCGACCUGUACUCGCUCUUCUAUGCUGUAUGGCUCUGUUAUUUUUACAAUCGACAAAGGAAGGACAUUGCAUAUGUCUGGAAGGCUUUUGUCAUCUUCAUUACUGUGAUGAUACCUUUCCAGUACUUAAUGUGUGUUGGCAUCCCACCAGGUAUAUGUACAGACUACCCUUGGGCUGGCACGAUGAACACAGAGCUACGAGAGUGGCUCUUCUUCCCAGACUUUGUCAAGUCACCAGAAUCCUACAAAAUUGUCACUGAUUUUUGUCUGCUAAUUUUUGCUGUGUGUCAGCAACGCGUCUUUGAGAUUGAGUUUGCCGACGGGGCCGAGUCUUUCGAGGGCGGCAGUAACCGGGAGAUUGUCCACGAAGACCCGGAGAGUCUGGUCAACCCCAUACCUGACUUUGUUACCUACUCCAGGAACUACCUAGACUUGGUGAAGGUGGUCAUCUUCUUCACGUCUUACUGGAUCACGCUGGCCGUCAUGUUCCUGGGAGGUACGAACCGCGUCACGCUCUUUGCCAUGGGUUACGUCCUCGGGGCCUUCAUCUUCCUGUGGCAGGGGAAUGAGUUCUACCUCCGGCCUCUGUCUAACAUCCUCAAACUAUGGAAUUACUUACUGGGGUACAAUGUCGGGGUGAUCGUAGUGAAGACGUUACUACAGCUGCUGGGGUGUGUGUUCCUGGCACCUCUCUCCAUGAACGUGUGUUGGCUCGUACAGCUCUUUGGUAUAGCCUGUGUGAAGAAGUUCGGAGAUGAGUCUGAUGAAGAGAUCGUGGCAGAUUUGGCUGACCACUGUGCUGUUCCCAAGUCAGAGGCUGGACUUAUGUGGGAUGGCAUAUGCUUUGGGUUCCUCUUGAUGCAGCGCCGACUAUUCUCGUCCUUCUACUUCCAGCAUCUUGUCACGGAGAUGAAGGCACAGACAAAGCUAGCUUCCAGGGGCGCCGAGCUGAUCGCAGAGCUGAUGCAGAAAGAAAUAGCGGAGCAACAAGCGGCCGAGCGAGAGGUCCUCAACAAGAUCAAGGAGAAGAUGGAGAGAAUCAAGGCCUCGCAGCAGCUGGUUCAGAGUCAACAGUGUCGUGAGCCAGCGAGCCAUUACGAAGGUGAGACUCUGACCAGUAACGUAACUCUCACUAGAGCCAUCCUACGUCCUCUCCUGAAGGUACCGAGUAUUGGAUCUUGUAUAGCUAUUUGCGAUGGCUUCAAUAUAUUCUCCUGUGUGCCCGUAACAGAAGCAUGCAUGCUCAAUUAUGCGUCAGUCUUCCCUUUGAAGCUGUGGCAUCAGCAGUGCAUGUUUCUAAUACCCUUGUUUAUCCUUGUUACAGCUAACACCUCGGAACAGUUUUCCAAUGUCAGUAGUCCCCUACCUUUGGAGAUGACCUCGCCCCCUCCCCUGCCCCCCUCCGCAGGUGUGGAUGACGUGCACGGGUUGUCGUCCCCCCGCCCCCUCGCCCUUAGUGCCACUCCAGGUGCUCCUACCCCGUCCUCAGCUAACUUGACCUUCUCCCUGGAUGGCUACCUGGAACCUGCGCGGCUCUCCCUGACCACCCCACACUUCUCGCACCAGCCUAUCACUUCUCCGUCAGAGGAGUCUUUCCCCUUCUUCUCCCCUCCCCCUUACCCGGCCCUGCGGGACCGCCACGCCCCCACCCGAGCCUCUGUCCCCGCCACCCACGACAUUGGUCCCCCUUGGCUUCGAGAGCACCUGACGUACCACCGCCCCUCCGUCUCCACUACGUCGCCAGCCAUGUCCCACCAUACCUCCAUCCGCUCUGGUGAUUAUUACAUGUUCGAGGAUUAUGGUGAAUACGAGGGCUUGGCUCCUCUUGAGAUUCCCGAAGAGCCUCCCCAGGAUGACACCACCCAGGGAAUGACAGUGUCGGAGCUGUUGAGUUCAGCCUUGAAGACAGACAUUGUAGAGGCAGCAGAGGAGGCAAAAAUUGCCCGUUUAUCAGAGUCAGAUGCGGCAUCGAGAAGAUCUUCCUUUGUCCGCAGACCAGUUCAUCGUACACUUUCUGGCCGGUCCCAAGUGUCCAUGGCAUCACGAACCUCACGGACGACCUCCAGGAGCGUAAGAAUCCACCCUCGUCCCCGCUCACCUCCUGCAGUCCCUCACUCCCCUCCACCUCUACCAUUGUCACCCCCUCCACAAAGGUCUCCAUUGUCACUGGGACGUCCUCCUCCCCCCUCCACACUGCCACCUCUGCCUCCACUUCCUCAGUUAGAUGGAGGUUACCUUGCGGAUGACUCCACAGCCCACGACUACUCUGAGAUAGAACCUGCAGAACCACAAGGGCUGGCACCCAUUCUGCGCAAGAUCGUCCACUGGGCCAAGUUUGGCUGGGAAUUAUUGGAGUCGUUGAUGAUCUCGGCCACACAGCAGCUCAAUAGACUCUCCAAGGACUACCGCUACGUUGCCAGUUGUCUCUCUGAGGAAAAGAAGAGACUCAAGGAGACAGAUGGGUUCCGUGUUAUGCCGGGGGUAACUGACCAUCCUCACCCACCUGGACAAGAGUGGUCAGACAUUCCUCUCUCUCAACAUGGCUACGGCGGGCAGGAACCGCUUGAGAUCCGAGUAGAGAAGGCCAGCGAGGACAAGACUGAUGACAGUGUGGAUUUUGUCGACGUACCCGAGGGAGCGGAGAAGGAAUUCAAGAAAGAGCAGCCACCCAUUGUGAAGCUGAUGAUUGCAUUCUGGUACGCUAUGCUCUCACGGUCGGAGCUGGUCUCCUACAUAAUGAUCUUCGUCAACCAGAUAAAGUCGGCUAGUGUGUUGUCUCUUCCGCUGCCCUUCAUGGUGUUCCUCUGGGGGUCUCUCAGUGUUCCGCGACCCACCAAGACCUUCUGGAUCACCAUCAUAGCUUACACUGAGGUGAUAGUGGUGAUCAAAUACCUCUUCCAGUUUGACUUCUUCCCCUGGAACCAAGUAGAGCGGCUCAAUGCUCCUUUCUGGCCUCCUCGUAUCGUUGGUGUCGAGAAGAAGAACCGCUAUGCUGUCUAUGAUCUGGCCCUUCUCCUUAUCGUCUUUUUCCACAGGUUCAUGCUCAAGAGUUUGGGACUGUGGAAGGAGACCUCUGACAUGAGUCCAUCGGCUACUGCCCGCUCGUCUCCAUCCCAUUCUUCUUCUCCGUCGUCAUUUUCUCACAGCCGCACCUCUUCCUCCGUUCAGGCUCCGAGAAAGACGGCUGCAUCCACCACUCCUGUGCCAACUUCUAAAGAUGAUGGGUCUCACUUAUCACAGUCGGGAGAUGGUUCCAGCCUCUCCUACACCAAAGACACCUCUCUGCUAUCAAAGGACACUGGAAGAAGUUCUCUAAAUUCCAAAGACACUAAAGACAGCUCACUCACCUCAAAAGACUACAAGGACAUAUCAUUAACAUCUAACACAAAAGACAGCUCCUUUUUCUCCAGCACAAAAGAUACAUCCUUGCUCUCCCACACAAAGGACAGUUCUCUGCCCACCACACUGAAGGACGGUUCGUUAACCUGGCAAGAACAGGAGAAUUCAUUGCUUUUAAACACAAAUGACGAUUCUCUAAUGUCCAGAGCAUCAGAGCCGCUUCCUCAGUCUACACCCACGCAUUACCGACAAUUGUCCGAAGACGGCCGGACCGCCACGACGUGUUUUGACUCGGAUACGUCGAGGACAUCUCAUCAGAGGUCCGGCAGUGAGGCCGACUACAGGAAGACUUGGUCGCCAUACCAGUAUCAUGCCCGUCACUCGUCCCUGGUCUCCCAGAUACCGGGCGGAGGAGGAAUUGGCCCCCGGACAUCUUCACUGGUGGUUCGACCUGAGCACCGCCGCCAUCUGUCUGAAGGGUCUCGGGUUUCCUUCAACCAAAGGCCCAUGUCAGUAACUUCCCAUUGUACUCACGUGUCACAGUCGGCAGCUUCAGACUCUGUGCACGUGACCUGUGCUGCUUGUAACCUUCAGGCACUUAAGGAUUUCCAGAAGCCUGACAUGGAAGAAGUAAAAGAGAACAUCCAACAGCUUCCUAAACUGGCUAAAGGAGGCGCUCAUCGCCUUAUUGAGAAAGUUCGAGCAUUCUUGGGAGCUCUGCUUCACCAAGAGUCGCAGGUCUCAGUGGACGUGUAUGCUUACAUGUUCUUCUGUGAUUUCUUCAACUUUUUUGUGCUCAUAUUUGGAUUUUCAGCUUUUGGUACUCAACAAGGUGAUGGUGGAGUAAGAGCAUACCUGGAAGACAACCGUGUUCCCAUACCCUUCCUGGUGAUGCUCAUACUUCAGUUUGGUCUCAUCAUCGUGGAUCGAGCGCUCUUUCUCCGCAAGUUCAUUUUGGGCAAACUAAUAUUUCAGGUGGCGCUGACAUUUGGAAUACACAUAUGGAUGUUCUUCAUUCUUCCUGCAGUCACAGAGAGGGAGUUCAAUGCAAAGCGGCCGCCACAGAUCUGGUACAUGGUGAAGUGCCUCAACUUACUCCUGUCCGCCUACCAGAUCCGCUGUGGCUACCCGACCAGGAUCCUCGGCAACUUCCUCUGCAAACAGUACAACUACCUCAACCUCUUUUCCUUCAGGAUGUUCAUGUACGUGCCGUUCCUGUUUGAGCUGCGGACGUUAAUGGACUGGAUUUGGACAGACACCAGUAUGAGCUUAAGCGACUGGGUGAAAAUGGAGGACAUCUUCUCUCAUAUAUUCCAGCUUAAGUGUGAGCGUCGUGCAGAGAUAGAAUACCCACAAGGUCGAGGUGAAGGUAAACGCAAGAUAAUCAAGUAUGGGAUGGGUGGCUGUGCACUGUUUGGAGUCAUUGCUCUCAUCUGGUUCCCAUUAGUCCUGUUUGCUCUCAGCAACACCGUUGGUCAGCCCAACCCGCCCUAUGACGUCACCGUCCAGAUAACCAUGGGGGCGUACCAGCCAAUAUUCCGCAUGACGGCCCAGCAGCAAUCACUCUACAGGUUCACCCAGAAGGAUUGGUAUUCAUUCAACUAUCAUUAUCAGACUGACCGACAAGCACAGACUUUCUUAAGUAACUAUGACUAUCAAGAUGUUGUCGUGGCAGAACUCAAUGGUAAUUCAACUGCCAUAUGGGGCAUCUCACCUCCAGCCCAGAGAAGCUUAAUAGAAGAUCUACAGAGUAACCACACUAUUAGGAUGAAGAUCAACUGGAGUGUGAAGCGUGUGUCCAAUACUCCUGAUGUUGCUACUGAGUGUAAAGACCAAGUGGAGGUGAAUCUUGAACCUUAUGAAGGCACUCAGAGGAAUCCUGUGCGGGAGAGGCUGGUACGCAUCUUAGAAGGAGAACUGGACCAAAACCCAGUCCCGAUCCCAAAUCUAUUCCCAAAGUAUCUCAAGGUCACCAAUAAAGGUCAAGCUGAAUAUGUCACUCAACUUGAAGAUAAGAAGAAAGGAUUUGUGGACCUGAAGUUCACGUUGCAAUCUGAUGGCUUUGGGAAUCUAUCAUCAACACAAGAAUGGUGGGAGGUGGAGGAGGACUGUUCUAAAAGCUACUACAACUGGCUACCUCGAGGGAAGCAGUGUCACUUCCUCACCGUCUAUACGUUCAGUGAUAAGGCUUUCCCUAAAGGCCUCAGCUUCAUUUCAGGCGGCGGAAUUGUGGGAAUGUACACAACACUGGUGGUGGUGGCUGGCAAGAUGCUGCGUGGCUACUUCGCUGGCUCAGCUGUCAAGAUAAUGUUCGAUGACUUGCCAAAUGUUGACCGUAUAUUGCAGCUUUGCCUUGACAUCUACUUGGUGCGUGAGAGCAGUGAACUGGAAUUAGAGGAAGAUCUCUUUGCCAAGUUGGUCUUCCUCUUCCGUUCACCCGAGACCUUGAUCAAGUGGACACGGCCCCCGGAGGAAGAGACUCCUGAAGGGGAAGAGGGAGAUCCCCAGUUGGAGUAAAGUGGGUGAUUUUAUUAAACAAGUUUGUUGAUUAGAAAUACCAAAGAAUUUUGCCGUGAGAUUUUAUAGGAAAAAGUGUUGAGUAUGAAACAAAUACAGAUACACUUUUAUUUGUAUAUACUCGAUACUGUACUCUCAAGCUCUUCCCUGCUCUGGCACAAGGGGCUGGAACCAAGAGCAACACACAUACUCUAUCACUUGCUGUCGUGCAUACAACAGGUGGUCUGUGUAUAAUUAUGAGCAAUAACUUUUAAUGUCGCAGGACGGUUUUCCUCCUCAGCGUUCAUCACAUUAACUCACUACCCGUUGCCUAUGACUAUCAACAGAUCUCAUAAUGUGAGGCUUUUGAGCAGUAAUCUUUGCUAAACUUUAUCAGCAUUUCAGUAAUUUUCAUCAUUGUCAUGAGGAAAGUAUCACAUCGCAUGUCAUGUUGUAAAUGAAGUGUAAAAUAUUUGACGAGACGCACAAAGUUAUAGAACGUGUUAGGAUAGCGAUCCAAACCACAAGCUUUUUCUGUUAUGUGUUAAGCUGAACAAAUAGCAAUAGAGUAUAAAGUUUUUAGAUAAUAAGCUUUAGUACAUCAAAUAUAAAUAAUAGGAAUAUAGUGAAACUUCUAUAUAACGGACUACAGUACAGUACAGUAUACGGAGAGGAAAGUCCGUUAUAUCAAAGGUCCAUUAGAUAUGAACCGCCCCCUAAUGGAUUGUAUGGAGAUAGAAGUCCGUUAUAUAAAGGUUUCACCGUAGAGUAAUACAAAAAUAUUUGAUGAUUGUAGUUACCAUAUUGCUUCAACCACUGUGUCUGCUGCGGUAAUAAAGUUUUCUUGUUGGCUGAGCAUCAUGGUGUAUGUGGCUUGGUGGUGGUCAGAUCACAGACUAUUUUUGGAUUCUUAAUGUUACAGAUCUAUAGGGAAGUUACUUGGUAAUUUCAGAGAUUUUAUGAUUUUUAUAUUUAUUAAGAGAUCUAUCUGUGUGGUCGUUUGUUUUAUCUCUGUUAUUAAUGGGAAGAUAUUUUAUCAUCCUUAUCUCAUUUAGAUAUCAUUAUCAUCCUUCAAGUGGUCAUGACUAUAUUUGUCUUUCUGUAAAUAAAUUCUUUGAUAUACUGUAUUGGACGACUACUUGGUAAACUCAGGAUGAUAAUGUCAAUAUGAGGAGAUGGUGAUAUUUUGGCAUGAAUAAUGUUAGUUUUCACAAGUUUUGACCAGGUUUACACUUUUACAUCUUUCCUAUACAGUUCCUCGCAACCUCUAUCGCCAUAUUAACCCCUUCACUAUGGGGAUGCCACUUUUAAUAAUUUAUUCGGCUGAUGCCUGACGAUUUUACUCGGCUCGGCAUUGUUGUCACGAUCUUGGUGUUGUCAUUAUAGUCAUCCGGUUAUGUAUUUGUAUUAUCUCAGGAGCCUUAAAGACACAAGUGUUUACAUCUGUUGUUGGUAUGUGUUUCCUCGUGUCGUGUGUUGUGUACAUUCGGUUUUCUCUUCAGAGUAUCAACUUCCUUAGUUAUGUCCGAUGGUUGGGUCUGUCAUGCCUCCAACUUCAUUUAUCUUAAAGACUUGUUUCUCUAUUUUCUAUCUUUUUCUUGUACAGUUUUAUCCCUCAACCGUUGUAUAUUGAUGGAGAAGUGAGCAGUCGUACCCACGUCCGUCCAUCAUUCUGUACCAAGUGUUACACCCCAUUCGGUAAUUCAAGAAAAGGUGUUUACAGAUAAUCAAUAAUAUCCAUCCUUAUUUACCAGACUCUGAUAUGUGGUGGAGGCAAAUAUCAACCCUUUAGUUGUUAUCCACCUGUUGUUCUUCCUCUCCAGUGGGUGAUGUAGCAGUAGUCCCUCUUCCCCUUAUGUUAAUCUUGUGAAUGGAAGAAAUAGAUGGAUCUUUGUGUAACUUAACAUGAGAAGAGUUACAUCAGUAUUGGCCCUUCAUAAUAUUUAUUAUCUAUAAUUUUUACAAGCUAUUCAAAUGUUUGUUCUGGUAGUGUUAAGGCCUAUGUUGUCUCCACAGUGAUAGAGCCUUGUGGUUAAGUUAUUUAUAUAUUCAGACUUGCCAUAAUCCUGUUGUCUUCAUACCUAUUUUACCCAUAAACAGAUUAAGGACACCUCAUACAGCAUAAUACAACCUUUUCUUCAGUCACAUCAAGUUGUUUUGGUAUUCUUUCUUCGGUCUCUCUCCAUUUGCCUCUAUUAUUGGUGAAUCUAAGAGUGUGGGAACUGUAACUCCUCAUCCCACUACAGGAACCCACUCCCCCAUCCUUUCCCCCCACCUACUUUCCCUGUAACCAAUGAUAUUCACUGUCACUAUAUACAUAAAAUAAGACCUAUAACAUGGCUCAGGUAAUGCUCUCAAAAAGUGUCUUAUUGACUCAUUGAUAUAGUUUGGAAAUUAUUGCAGAGGUCCAGUAAUUGUGUGUGAAGUGUGUUGGACCUUCCCUGCCAUCAUUAAAACCUUACAUCUGCCACUGAUCUCUUGCCUUCCCCACAGUGCUCUUAUCUUGUUUCCUCUGGCAGUGUGAGACUUUUAACAUUUUUAUUCAAUAUCUAAGUAUCUUUGUUUCCUUUUUUCCUCUUCAUAACCACAAGUUGUUGAUUCUGUCCUCCUGUCGUGAGGCAGGUUGUCAGCUAUAAUUUUCUGUGAUCAAGUUUCGUUAUUCUUCAUUUUAUCUUGUUUGGCAUUAGAUGGUAUAGUUGUUUAUGUACACCUAUGUCUUUGUGUUCUUGUUUUUUCAUGAACAGUAUGUUAGUAUGUUUUUGUUUUGUGUGUGUGUGUGUGUGUGUGUGUGCUAUUUUGUUUGUUAUUAUUUAAUCACUUGUGAGAUACAUUUGUGUUCAUUUCUGGUCGUCUUUUUGGUUAACAAAUGGUAGUAAAUGGAAACAGAAUAAUGUACCAGUCCUCUCCAGAAGAAAGUGACAAGGAGUGUAUGUGUGUGUGGAGACCUGAAGAGUGGUGUGGUUACUGUGGUGUAGAGGCACAAUUGUCAGCUAUUUUGGAAGAUAUCAGAUCAUUCUUAUGUAUUGCUGGUGGAGAUUCUAGGCUUUGGUGAAAGUGUUUUGUUAAAUUCUGAUGAGGUUGAUAGACAAGGAUUGAUGAAGUAUAAAGUUAUGACUUUAAGUAGUUAAAUGGUAAUAUUCCUGAACUGAAAGAGUACAGUAUUCCUAAAGUCAAGUUCCUAUAGAAUACGUAUAGGUGUGUACACUUGCUCCUUGUGAACCAGGAUCAAUAAUGGUUUUCUCACUCGUAGUCACAUUUACCGUGAUGGACCCUGAAAGUCAACUAUAUUUACUCUCCUGUACAUGAUGUUUAUUGUGCCUUGGAUUACAAAGAUCCUAUUGACUUAGUAUUUUGCAUUGUGGAGAAAAAUCCAUUAAUGCCUUAGUGUUUUGGAGGGGAAUUUUUCUUCCCUUGGAGAUUGUAAUUGGGCUAAAAUUCCCAAACUUAGAGAUGUAGUUUAGAGUCACCUUAAGGAGUGAAAGAGGCAUGUAUCAAGUUGCUGGAGCCUAGUGAUGAGAGUUUUAGUCCAAUACCUUUGAAUCUGAGACAGUUUCCCCAUCAAGUAGUUCCUAUUAUAUUAGAGCAGAAGCUUUAUAUUCUAGCCUGGUUAUGGUGACAUUUGGAAGUUGGUCGUCCAUGAUGUCAAGAUAAUUAAAAUUGAGGAAGUUAUGAACUUCAAGGCAUUUAGGCAGAAUGUUUCUUCAGAAGUUAUUACAGGUGUCUGAUUCCUUAACUUGGCACCUGAUAGUGUUAGGGUUUUCUCAUGUUUGACUUCCCAGUAUCAAAUAUGAAAACACUCGUCCUGUAAAACCACAAAGUUCUCUUAAAUCGUGAGACAAGAUGUAAAAAAAAUCCAUAAUUGUGAGAUAAUUUGAAUAUGUUUGUAUAAUUUAAUAUUUCUUGAUUAUUCAGUCAACUCAGAGCCCUGGUGAUGUAUUGCCAAGGGUUCAGUGGGUCUUCAAUUAGGGAGUUACUGUGAAUAUUGUAUGAGGAAGACUGAUUCUUUUAACUUCAUUGAAGAUGUUGGAUUCUUCUUGGUCUGGUAUGGACGUACUUUUUGCAAAAUUGUCCUAUAUAAAACCAGAUGCUUUGUUGAGGAAUAAUUGAAACAGUUUGGUGUUCCCAUCUCACCCUUGACUGAUACAAUUUUCAGCAUCCCAGCAGUGUUUCAGGGGAUUGCUGCUGUGAUGACGCCCUGUUAGUCGGUCCUAAUAUAGUUCCCUCUCCUUCUCCAGACUUAGUCAGGUUGUAUUCUUGUCAGUUUCCUCAGUUUUGUAAAGUUCACAUUUGUAAUUUCUAAAACAUGAUGUUUUGUACCAAGUUUAAUGAGACUAUUGCUAGUUUUUGGUGAGGCCUCUCAGAGAAUUGUCCAAUGGGUUGUAUGAAUUUUCUUGGUAAUUUUUUCAAGCUUAGAUUAGUUUAGCUGGAUUCUAUUUGUAAGAGUAAAUAUUGUUUACCCAAAUAUUAGAAGCUAAAUAAUGUGCUUUAGCUAGACCAUUGAAAGAGGUAUGUAGAUUCUUCUCUUUGAAUGAAGAUCUUAUAUGUAAGUUUGCCUCUAGAACAAGUUCUUAAAUCUCUAGGAAACUUAGCAGGGGAGUUGGCUUCAGUGCAGGUCAUUGUAUGUAUUAGGUCUGAUUUCAGAGAUGAAGGUUUGAGAGAAUCAUGCUCUCAAAAAGGGUAUAAUUUUAUUUCCUUUUGUUAAUAUUUCAACUGGGGAAGUUUGAAGCCAAGUGUACAAUUGUUUUAAAAAAUGACAUGCCCAACAUGAGAGAAAAAUACAUUAACAUCCAGCCCAACAGACUGAGGGUGAACAGUGUCUCGUCACUCCUUUUGUCAAAAUGAAGCUGUUAGUCUUCAUCUUGUGAUUACAGAACAUAUACAUCACCAAGCAUUAAUAAUGUGAUUCAUUGUUCAAAAUGUGGAGCUUCCAGAGUAUGGUUAUCAAAGAUGAUUGUGAGACUGAGCCGCACACCCAAGGCUCAUGACCUUACGGGCAUCAUAUUAGUGGUGAGCUUUCUGAGGAGACUGCCCAUUGAGUCUUCUCUGCAAAAAGGCCCUUGAUUAUUGGUGUCCAUUGUGUCUUAUCUACAAAAAGGCCCUUGAUUAUUGGUGUCCAUUGAGUCUUAUCUGCAAAAAGGCCCUUGAUUAUUGACUUAAGGCUUUUAUUAGGUGUUACCUUCCUAACUGACCAUCAAGUUUAUUGGACCUACUUUCACUUUUUUUUACAUGGUCGGAAAAUUAAUGUAGCUGACUGUGUGGUGUCAAGAAAUUCAUAAGGUUAGUGUUUGUACUUUACUGUAGGUGCAUUGUUACCUCACUUAGUGGGUUGAGUGUCAUGUUGCCUAUGUUGCCUUCUUCCUAUUCUUGGUUGGUUGUAGGUAUAUGAGUCACUCAGGACUGAUUUAAGUUCAUAGAUGAAGGAUUGAUCCAGAAAUCCCAUUUCAUAACUAAUGUAAUGAAUUGGGCAAUUCAUGCCUUGCAGCAGUUAGCUUGUGGGAUCUCAGGACCACCGUACUUGUGUGCCUGAGUUAUACUCCAGAAGUCUGAUGAGAAAAACUAGACACAGGAUUUUUCCUGACUCAGCCACAACUCCAAGUUGGUGACAAAAUAGGUCCCAGUCUCAAUUACCAUUCAGUCCUCAGUCACAUUUGUUGUUGAAGCUUCUGUUAACUGGUUCCAUAUUGUCAGCUUCUUAGAUUCAUUAUUUAUAUUGGAGUUUAAGGACAGGCUGGUUGCACUGUAGUCCUGGGUGAUAGUAUUAUACUUGGGUAUUUUAUCACAUAGCAAGAGUAUUGGCAAUUGUUUAACAACUUAGUUGACACUCAACUGGUGAGCUAGUUAGUGGGCAUCAGUGGAUAUUCAGGUACUGUACUGUACUGGUUAUAUAAACAGGUUGCCCCUGAGGAAGGGUGAAGGUCGGCUCGUCUUGGUGGUUGAUAUCAUACAUCAUUUUUUUCCCUCUUGGCUAUGAAAUGGAAUUUUACACAUUAAUAUUAUAAAGAAUUUUAAAUUAAAUUGUCAGUGUGAAUUUUUAUUUUAUUUUACUUUAUCUUGGGGUGAAUUUGUCUGUUUCUUUGUGUAAUUUUAUUAGUGUUUGUGUAUUGUUGGGAAUGUUGUUGCAUGAAUGUGUGUGCAUUAUCUUUUUACAAUUAGUGGUAGCCACAUAGGGAGAAGGCCAGUGGCCUGGGUAGGAUCCUGUCCCCUCCAUUGUUACUGAGGGUCUUGUCCAGGACUGUUUUAAAGAUCUAGUACUGAUUCGUCUUGCUUCUAUGACUACUUAGGAUACGUAACUUCUCGGUCAACCAGUUUUUCCUUUUCAGUCUAUUGUUAAUUUUUUAUCCUCAAGUUUUCCUUUCCUCUGAAGAUUCUUUUGUAACAGAAUUAAUCAAUACGUUUGUCAAUGUCCUACUAGUUUACUCCUGAAGGUGUUAAGUACUGUACUGAAUGUAGCUGUCAGUGAUCACUUUAUAGUCAUUGCCACUAAUCGGCUUGUUAGCUGCUUGGGCAGUCGGUCAUGUAUCUGCUACACACUGUUGGCAAGUACUGGGCAUUUACUGGCUCCAGGAUGUAUCUGUACUUGCACCAGUGUUGGUCAAUUUUGUUCUUGAAUGAGUUCACACUCAGUGUGUUGUCAAGUCAGGACUGCUAGGGGUCAUCAUGUCCUUCAUGUACUUGAACCUUUCUGCUCUUGAAUGUUACAGUUAUAUAAUUUUCUGCUAAGGUUUGUUUGUUCUCUUUAUUUUUAUACAGUAUAUGAAAAUAUUAUUUUUUCCACAUGUACUUAACAAAUGUUUAGCAGGUAGAAUAUCAUGUUGUAUAAAUAUAUACUUUUAUCCUCUUCGCCACUGAUCGGCUCGUUAGCCGCUUGGGCGAUCGGUCACGUCUCUGUUACUUUUCUUUUUCUUUUA